CUCCAGUCUCGCAUGGGGACGCGAUGAGGAAAAACAGAGCUUGAGAGUCUUUCCCGCCUGAAACAGGGAGCUCGGCUCGGCAGAGUAGGGGUGGUGCGAAUACGACCCGGACAGACGACGGAGUGGGCGCUAUGGAUGACCUCUACUUAGACAACAUUGAUGAAUUUAUCCAUGAUCAAAACAAAAUCGUUACCUACAAAUGGCUUUCUCUCACCUUGGGAGUUCAUGUCAACCAGGCAAAACAAAUGCUUUACCACUACUUAGACCAAAAGAGAAAGGAGAGCUCCGGGUCUCAGCUUCACGCCACUUACCUGGUGUCUGGUAAACUGACGGAGAAUGGCAGCACGAGUCACAAGGUGGCAGUAGUGAGAGAAGAUCAGCUCGAAGCUGUCAAGUCCAAGAUGGUAGUGAUUGCCAGUGUGCAUGUGUACAGCAUUCAGAAGGCGGUGCUGAAGGACAGUGGGCCUCUGUUUAACACAGAUUACGAUGCUGUAAAAGAAAAUUUAAAGAAUUGCAGCAAGCACAGUGCCAUCCGAUGUGCUGGUGCGGAUCCUUUGUCCUCCGCGGAGAUCUUGCGCAUGGAGGAGAUGGCGCAAGCGAUGCCCCCAGCCUCCGAGGCGCAGCAGUCCGCCAGCAAGCCUGCGCUCAACGGGCACAGCACUCAUGUGGCAAAACCAGCUGCUCAGCCGCCCAGAGGGAUCAUGGGAAUGUUCAGUGCUAAAAGCACGUCCAAGUCUCAGGAGACGGACAAGGAAGUGAAGACCGAAGUGAAAGAAGAUACUGCAGCUGCAGAGCCAUCAAAAAGUAAGCCACCCAGCAAACCUAGUGCCAUGAAUAACUUCUUCGGAAAGGCGACCACGAGUAAAGCCAAAACGCCCGCUGAGAAGGAAGUGAAAGUUAUAAAGGAGGAAGCCGGCGCACCCGCGUCUUCACCGGCCCAGGAGGAGGAGCGGACUGCGAGUCCUGCUGCCCGGCCCGAGGUGGACAUCAAGGAGGAGAAGCCCAGGAGCUCGGAGGCCCGGGGGAAGAGGCUGAAAGAGAGUAAAAGCAUCCCUUCUAGCUGUAAGACAAAGCGGCUGGAAGUGUCGGACAGCGAGGAUGAGAAGUUUGAGAGCCAGAAGAAGAAGAGACGCCGAAUAAAGAAACCGCAGCCAGACAGCAGCGACGAUGAGGUGAUCCCAGACUCCCCUCCUUCACAUCAUGUGGCAACACCGUCGCCAAGCCCUGAAGCCCACGUCAAGAAGGAGCCCGACUCCCAGUCUGAGGGCACUUCGGGAGUCAGGAGAAGGAAGAGGAGAAGGGUGCUGAAGUCUCGUACCUUUCUGGACGAUGAAGGCUGCAUGGUGACCGAGAAGGGUUACCAAAGUGAGUCCUGCACGGACAGUGAAGGGGACUCGGGCACGUCCAGUCACAAGCGGCCCGACCCGCCGGCUGCUUUGAAGCCCGCCACUGGGAAGAAAGAGGAGGACCGGAAGAGUCAGAAGAAGACCACAGCCACCGCCAACAAGGGAACUAAACAGGCCUCCAUAAUGGGGUUCUUCCAGAAGAAGUAACUGGGGGGGCGUGGAGCAGGACACGCCCCAGCUUGCAGGGAUUGGUUUUGUACGUUAUUCAGUGUCACUGACAGUUGCGACUUGAGGAUGCAGUGGAAUGCCUGGAGGAAGACAUGGAAAGGAAGAUGGGCCACACCGCUGGAGACUGAAGUGAAGGACUCAGGGGACUGAUCUCGGGUGGCUUUUCUCCUAUCACACCAAGGGGUUGCUCUGUGACAAGAGAGCUAGUCUGCAGUCAGCUAAAAGCUGUCCUAGAAUUUGAAAAAUGUGACUUUCUUUAUCCCGGUUGUGUUUUCGUCACACUCAUACUAGUCAAAUAGUCUGCUACAGGGUCUGGUACAGUAUGAGCCCACACAGAUCAUAAACAGCAGCUCUGGCAGGCUUUGAAAGCUGCUGGCCCAACUCCCAGGACUGAUACGAUAUUGACGGUGAUUAUGGUUGUUGUGACAUUGUGGGUGAAACUAACUUUCUAGUGCUGGUCAGCUUGUACAGAUCCCAUUGAUGCACACAGUGUUUGCGUCACAGUGAAUGCUGCCUUACCCUUAAAAAGGAAAAAUGGAUUUGAGUUCUAAUUAUAGAAGAACCCUGGAAAUGUUCAGCCAAACUAAACAAGAUAUGAGCAAGGGCUUGGAUUUAUAGCAGGGGUUUGUCCGUGACAUUGUUCAAAUAGACUAAAUAUUGUUAGAUAAUAAACAGGUUAAAUAUCCUGUUCCUCUUCUGCUGUUAAAAGAGUAAAUGAUUGUUGCUUUUUUUCCUCAGAUCAGUCUCAUGGGAGUUGGGAAUUCAUAAUUCAUGAAGCUAGGAAUGACAGAUAUUCUUUAUUUUAUACAUUUAAAAGCUACCAAAAAAUCUUUAUGAUAUUGUUUUCCUACCCUAAAGAACAGUGAAAUCCCUCAAACUGACCACUGUGAUUCACAAUUCUGUUCUGAAUUCAGAAAUGAACCCUGAUAUUUUCAUAUUUCACAGCAGCAGUGUGUGAGGUUAUGGUUCUGGUGUUUUAAGGGGACAUUUGGAGUCUAAAGAGUGGAUUGUUUUCAGAUAUCAGUACCCAGAAGGUUAACAUAGCUCAGCAGAACUGAUCCUUAGUAAAGUAUGCUAAGUCAAAGGUAAAAUAGGGUGUAUAUCCUUUCUAUUUUGUUACUAGUGGUUGUGUUACUAAAAAAUGGUAUUUCUUUUUAACUGUUUUUUCUUGUUUUUAGCUGUGGGACCUUGUUUGAAAUUGGAAGAAUCUGCUUUACUAGUAAAAUAAAUGAAUUAACUGUG